AUGGAACGAAGGCACGACUCCAUGUCCCACGACGUCAUGACCAUGCAGGACAUGUCCAUGGCCUUCUUCACAUCCACCAUGACCUCCCUGUACUCCCUCACUUGGACCCCAACCUCCACUGGCGCAUACGCUGGCACCUGCAUCUUUCUGAUACUACUCGGCGUUGCCUUCCGCGGCCUCAUGGCUGUCAAAGCCGUCUGCGAGCAGCGCUGGGCCGCAGCAGCACGCGACCGGAGAUUUGUGGUUGUCAGGGGCCAGCAGCCCCGAGCAGAGCAGAUCGAAGGGGAUGACGACGCGAAGUUUGGAAGUUUUGUUGGGCCGAAUGGUCUCGAGGAGCGCGUGAAGUAUGUGCAGGCGAAUGGAGGUAGGGUGCUGCCGUUCCGGUUGACGGUCGAUUUGCCACGGGCGGGCUUGGUGACGGUUAUCGCCGGGGUGGGAUAUUUGCUCAUGUUGGCGGUGAUGACGAUGAAUGUGGGCUACUUUCUCUCCGUGCUGGCUGGAAUUUUCGUCGGCGAAGUUGCUGUUGGGCGACAUAUCGCUCUGGACGAGCACUGA